CGUGACGGAACAUCAGACUUGUGAGCCUUGCUCAAAUUCAUCAACAUGGCUUGCACGUUUCGUGGAGAACCCAGGGAAAACCUGGUUCGAGGGAUCAAAUCGGUCCGCGCGAAAAUGGAUGCGGUUGUCGAGGCGACUAAAAAAGAAAAUUUGAGGGAAGAGCGAGUGAAAGAGGAAUUGGCUGAAGUUAAUAAAAGAGAGGAAGGUGCCCUGAGUAAGAAGAGAAAAAUACUCGACGAAAUAAAAGAAGUCGAGAAGGAAAUUGAAAAAGUGGAGACCAAGGAGAGUUACUGCAAGGAGAGAUUGCAUUUUGCACUGCAGCGCUAUGAUGAGAACUCAAAGAUGAAACACUUUCUUGAGAACAACAAAGUGGACGUGGAUGCUAUGGAACAUACCGUGAAACAGCUCAGAGAGAAAGCUAAAAAAGUUGUGGACAGCAUUGCAAACAUGCAGCGGAUCAUCGAGUCUAAAGAGAAGCUAAUUCUUGCCGCAGAAAAACGCGAGAUGGUCGCUCGAGAUACCAUGGCUCGAAUACAGGAAAAGUUGAGGGCAGUCGAGCGUGCGGGAACCAGCAUUAAAAUGAAUUAUACCCCUAUGAGUGAAAAACAGUACGUAGAGAAAGUGGAGCAUCUAAAAGAAAACAUCACCAGGGCGAUCGUGAAAAGGAAGAAAUUUGAAAAGAAAGCAGACGCAAUGGAGAAAGACAUAGUCGAGCUAGAAAAGAAAAUAGCCAUGUUCAAGAAAAGAAACGCUGAACUGAAACAGACCACAAACGAACUAAAAGGUUCUAGAGUGUGACAUUGUGGAGCGUGAGGAGUUAAUUGUUUAAACAAUUAUUAACCAAACAAUUGGAAUCGUACCGAUUGGCGAUAUUUAUGUAGUUUUUUUUUUAUGAAUAUGCUGCGUAUGUUUCACUGGUGAGUCUCGCAUGAAGCGAGAGUAAAUUAUAUUUAUUACAUUUUAUGAUGAUAAGACUUGCGUACAGAUGUCUUCUGUUACGUGAUGUUGAUAUCAACUCAAGUGGAACAAAUUUUUGAAAAAAUCUGUAUUGAUAUUAACAGGUCGAGUUUUGUUUAAGACUUCGGGUUCGAUGUUUGGUAUGUGUGCAAUUUGUAAAUUUUUCUGUUUACUGUAAGCAACAUACACUGAAACGGAUAUAACGUGGAAAAGUAAAAAUCACGCAAAGAAACAAUUAUCUACAAAUCCGUGUCCAGGUCCUUCAGCCGCGCAGGUUUAACUUUUCCGCUGCCGACGUUUUAUUAAAUUUAUAUCUUUCAGCUGAUUAAUUACUAGUGGAUACAGAUAGAAUGCGAUCUUAUAUCUGACUUCAUUUCCUUUUGAUAUAAAGAUAAGGCGGAUUUUUCUUCUGCAUCUUAGGAUGCCAUGGAAGAAUUCUUUCUAACAGUGACUGAUGAUAUCAGCAUGUCAGCCGUGUUAUCGGCCUACUGAGCACAACGAGUAGCUUCUCAUUACCUAA